AUGAUCCACAACUACCAAACCAACAACGACCAGAAGAUUGAAUUAGUAUGGGUUCCAUCGCACGUCUCCAUUCCUGGCAAUGAUCAAGCAGACCGUUGUGCCAAGGAAAGUCGGAGUCUGGAGGAUAUCGAGUCUGUAGAAUACUCCUAUUCGGAGUUCUGCAGUAUCGUAUCUUCUAGGAUCAACCAGAAAUGGGCCGACAUGUUACGGAACCUCGACACCGCAAGAUACCAGAUUGAUCCGAAGGUACCAAACCAAACCAAACCAAACCAUCCAUAUUGCUCAAAUUAUCCUGACGUUAAGAACGCAUAUUUCAACGAGGACGACAAUUGUGUUGAUAUUUCUAUUACGUGUAAUGAAAAGUAUACCAUGAAACAAAUGAUAAAAUGUGAAGAUGGAGAGUGGAAAUAUCAAGAACCAUAUUGUGAACCUCAAGGUAUGACAGAUUGCUCAAAUUAUCCUGACGUUAAGAACGCAUAUUUCAACGAGGACGACAAUUGUGUUGAUAUUUCUAUUACGUGUAAUGAAAAGUAUACCAUGAAACAAAUGAUAAAAUGUGAAGAUGGAGAGUGGAAAUAUCAAGAACCAUAUUGUGAACCUCAAGGUAUGACAGUAUGUAAUUACAUAUAUACAUAUGAUAGAUAUAUACCAAUCUCACAUCUUGAUACGAAAAUGAAUUCGAACCAAGCAGAAUGUAAUGAACUGUGUAAUAACAAUACCCAAUGUACAGAUUUUAGUGUUACUUCUGAUAAAGUUUGUAACCUAACUCAAAUACCAGUCGUCGCGGUUUUUCUUGAAACAGAUCUGAACCAAUGUAUCGCGAAAUGUUCUGAAAUGAAUGAAUGUCUAAUGAUGAAUCAUUGGCCAAGCAGUAGAUGUUAUAUAUUUAACAUUACACAGGACGACCUAGCUGAUGGGGAUGCUAUAACCUUUGAUGGUUACACUCUAUCAGAAAAACUCUGUUAA